AUGGGUAGCAAGGGCGACGGUACGACACUGGACCCGCUUCCAGCCGAUUUUUUUUUGUUUCCUCGCCAGAAUGAAGGAUUUCAAAUCCCAUAUUUCCUCACUUCAGAGGAGGAGGCGGCUAAAGUGCGGCCGCCGCCGGUUGUAAAGACGCUGCAGCAACGCUUGGAUGAGCUUUCAGAAAAGCAAAGGAUCGUACUUUCUGAAUUUAAGGUGACUGUGCAGGGCACUGAAUGGUAUGACGAAGGGAUGCAUGACGACUGGGCGCUCAUUCGUUACCUUGUUGCCUGCGACUUCAAGGCUAAAAAGUCUUUCGAGAUGCUGCGCAACACAACUAAGUGGUGGAAAGAGAAGGAUGUAGCUAAUUGGGUGUGUGAGAAAUGCUUGAAUAAUCCCAAUAGGCAUAUGAUGCAGUUUGUAGGGUGGGAUUUAGAACAUCGGCCCGUUUGCUUUAUGUCGAUGCGCUGGGGUCCUGAUCGCUCGGAUCCCAUUCCUCACUGCGUAUCCGCUUUCAACCACCUUUUGCAGUUGAUGCCAGUGGGUGUGGAGAAGUGGGUGUUUGUUACAGACUUUGAAACAUACUCUCACAUGAAGGACAGCAACCUUCGUGUAGGCACAACUGUGAUAAAGACCAUACAAAAUCACUUUCCAGAACGAUUGGGGAUGAUAAUUCUUGUUAAUGCGCCUUCCGCAUUCAGUUUCCUCUGGAAGUUGUCUUCGUUUGCUGUAGAUGAGAAAACGAAGCAAAAAGUAGUCUUUUGGUAUACCAAGUCGACGCCAAAUGUCCGUAACGAGUUUCCCAAAGUGUUUCCUCCGGUACUUUCGUCAUACCUGUGUGACGCCUAUGAUCGCUCUAAAGCGUGUGAACUUCCUGCGUCACCCGUGUGGUACCCCAAAGCAGAUAAUGCGGUUGAUGGUGAAACCCAAUGCGUGUAUCGCCUCAGCGCGAGCAGUGAACAGAAGAGUCGGUAA